AUGCGUUUCCGCUACUGGUUACUCGUUGUAUUGUUCUUCUGUCUCUACGUCGUAGAUAUAGCGGCAGAUGACACGACCUGUAGUGCUACGAGGAAGUGCAAGCAAGGAUGUUGCAACAAAAAUGGCAACUGUGGUUUUGGCCCCGACUAUUGUGGAAAGUCUGUUUGCCGUUCUGAUUGUGACCGAAAGUCGGAUUGCAACCCCGGUUUUGGCAAGGAAUGGGCUAAGAGCGAUAAGUGUCCUCUCAACGUUUGCUGCUCCAAGCACGGCUACUGUGGUACGACCAAGGAUUUCUGCGGAAGCAAGACAGUCAAGCGCCCAAGUUGUAAGAAGGGCGGCGAUAUGGAGCGUGUCGUUGGCUACUUUGAAGGCUGGGCUAAGAACCGGCCUUGUGAGGUCUUCUGGCCCGAGCAGAUCCCUAUCGGCUUGUACACGCACAUUAAUUUUGCGUUCGGUACCAUCAAUCCUAACACAUUCUCACUCGAGGUCAACGACCGCGAGGAUACCAAUAUGUAUGAGCGUCUGAUGCUACUAAAGAAAAAGGACAAGAACCUCAAGAUCUACCUUGCGAUUGGCGGAUGGACAUUUAAUGACCCAGGGCCAACAGCGAAGAUCUUCUCCGAUUUGGCAGCCUCACCAGCACGCCAAAAGUCGUUCUUCAACUCGGUAAUGUCCUUUAUGGCAACGCACAAGUUCGAUGGACUUGAUUUGGACUGGGAGUACCCGGUGGCAGAAGAGCGUUCCGGUCGCGAGAUCGACUACAAGACCUUCCCUGUCUUCAUGACCGCGUUGAAGAAGAAUAUGGAAUCGGGAAACAAAGGCUUGACUAUAACCCUUCCCGCAUCUUACUGGUACUUGCAGUUUUUCGACAUCAAAAAGCUAGAACCUACCGUGGACUUCUUCAACAUUAUGUCCUAUGAUCUGCAUGGUGCCUGGGAUCAGAACGUGACCUGGACCCAGCCCUACCUCAACGCUCACACCAACCUGACCGAGAUCGACUUAGCGCUAGACCUCCUCUGGAGAAACAACAUCAAGCCCGAAAAGGUCGUUAUGGGCCUUGGGUUUUACGGCCGCGCAUUUACUGCUCAAUCGGCUGCAUGUCGCAAGCCAGGCUGUCUUUUCAGUGAGCCUGCCAACGCUGGCAGAUGCAGUCGCGAGAAUGGGAUUUUGCUGAACUCGGAGAUUGAUAGUGAGAUCAAAAACCGGAACCUGAAGCCCGAGCUUCAUAAAGAGGAAGCUGUCAAGACUAUCAGCUGGGGCAAACAAUGGGUCUCUUUCGACGAUGCGGAUACGCUUAAGAUGAAGGUUGACCGAGCUGGAGAGCGAUGUCUGGGCGGUGUCAUGGUUUGGGCAAUCAGCCAUGAUACAAGAGAUGCCAAGUACAACAAGGCGUUGGCCAAAGUACUCGGUCGCAAAGUCACGAGCGGCUCGUUGGACGAUGACGAGAAAGCGGCCGACUUCGUGAAGAAGCCUUACGAGCAGUGCCGAUGGACGAACUGCAAGGAGCCAUGCCCUAAAGGCUGGGUACAUGUCGGCCGAAGUGACCCGGGGGCUCGGAAAGACGAGCUGAUGUAUGAUGAGACAGCCUGUGGUGGUGAUGGCAUUCAUUCUUUCUGCUGUCCACCCGGUGAAGAUAUCCCAACAUGUGGCUGGUGGGGGCAUGAGAAUGGCAAGUGUCAAAAGGAAUCAUCUUGUCCCAGCGGCAUGGUCGAGAUUGGUACAAACUCGAUGAAGUGCGAGAAGCCACCACGCGUGCAGACUGCCUGCUGCAAGACCGACACUGUGAGCAUGAGGGUAUAUGAUACCUGUCGAUGGGGAGAGUACCCGGAGUGCAACACUAGCCCCGAAUGCCCUGGCGACUACUACAGCUGGCCCAUGGCCUCAUCUGGGUCUGGUUCCGGUGCAUUGAGGUGCAAUGGCCUCAAGAACGACCUAGGUACUCCCAUCAUUGGCGUGCAGAUGCGCAACUACUGCUGCAACACUAAGCCCGGCCUUCGCUUUAUUGACUGUCAAGUGCGACGUGAUUUUGGUCCGGUACCAGAUGGAGAUCUUGAUGGCUUCUGCCGUAGUGGAUGCCCAAGCGACCGUGUCAGAGUGGCUCUUGAUACCGCCUUUCACACCUGUACCUCAGAGCGAGGGGGAGGACAGGUUACCUGCUGCAAGACAGAUUACUACGACGAGGUACUUGUCCCUAAUGAGAAGCUCACGGCGUACAAGGAAGCCAUGGCAGAUUGGCUUGAGAACGAGACAUGCCCGAACCCUUCCAAGGUAUUAGGCAAGAGAUCUGCGACAGACUUGGUCGUACGGGAGGAUGAUAUUGACGACAUUUCAACAAAGACGCUGCUCACAAACAUUCUGGGCGAGAUAGGAAGUCCGGUUAUGUUAGCCCAAGAGACCAAUAUCUGGAACAGUGCUAUUCGAACCCGGUACGAGUAUUUGCAGAUCACUUACAUCAGCAGCUAUAUCAGACAGAACUGGCGCUUCGAUUGGCAAGGCCCUUCCCAGUUGGCAAUUGAUAUCUUGUGCGAGCCUCUUUAUUGGGCUAUGAAGAUUAAGGCCUUCCUCACUGGCGAUAAAGAUGCUCUUGCAGGCGUGGGAAACUGUACACUUGCCUUUUGCGACGAGAAGGGAUACUGCGAGAACUUGAGCGAUGGUGAAGAAAGCCCUGAUCUCAAACGACGCCACGCGCACCUGUACUAUCACCCUGGCCGCCUGUCCCACUCACAUCAUCACCACAGCCAUGGAAUCCUUAAAGCCCGAGCCCCUAAGGAUGUCAAGAUUGUAGAUCCUAGCGACCCAGCGACUACACAUAAAUACAGGAUAGACAUUCCUCCUCAUCCUCCAAUAGAAACACUGGCAGAAAGAAACGACAAGAACCCGACACUCAAGAACAUCGUCGAACUAAUAGAGCGCGAUGAGUGCAGGAACGCUAAGAUCAUACCCAAGGCGUACCGCGACCCGCGUAUUGUCAAAAUAGAACUUGAACACGUGGUGGAUAAAUACAUCCUGAAAACCUUCUUCGAAGGAUCAGCUACUGGAACACUUGCAUCAGGCGUGAAAUCCAAGUAUGGCCCAAUUCCCAUCGCCUUUUGGGAUCGAAUGGAAAAUAUAGACAUGAGAUCAGAGCCCGGAGUACCGGCUCUUCCCGGAGGUAAAAAGACGGAGGAGAUGAAGUUCAUUAUGAAUCGCGCUUUUGAGUGUUUGGGAAGCACGGUAAACGAUCAGGUCUUCAUGAUCGUUGAGGUGGAUAUCAAUGAAGCUAAAGGCAAGGCAAUGCAAUUGCAUAGGAUGGUUGCGGAAGAUUAUGUGUCGACCUUAGUUGGCACUGCUGGUAAGCCGAAAGAAGAAAUCAUAGGCGAUAGGAGCAAGAUGUUCUCCCGCAUGCGCGCAGGCUUCAGCGUGUUCCGGUAUCUGCAAAUGGACGAAACAAAGAAGAAACUCAACAAAAUUGUCAGGGACCUGCGAACGCAAUUCAAGUUUGCGGAGUCAGUCUACAACAAGAAGUACCCUAAUGAGAAAGUACAACUUGCCGAUUAUUGGAUAGAAUGGAUCACGGAUUACUAUGCGCUCGUGUCGAAGAAGUUCAGGGAAAACAUGUUGGCCACGGUCUCCGAGGUGCGGAAAGAGGUUGAGGGUAAUAAGGAACGGUGGGCUGAGACCAUGCGCAUGAAUAUGCGAUCAUAUGAGAAACAAGCAAGGGACGAGGCAUCAAUCUUCAUCGACACUACGGGUUUUCCGAAAGACGACGACACAGAAAUGGGAGGAACAUGA